AUUCAUUCUUGUGUCCACACACAUCUCAUCGCUAUAAUAAUUUCCAGCAGAAUAAUUUCAGUUUUGUGGUCAAGCUGAGAAGAUAAUCAUCCCUGUGGAAUUAAUUUCUUCAUUAGCCCAUCUUUUAGUGAAUUAAAAUUUAUCGGGAAAGUUGAGUGAGGCAUUAAAAAUAAUGCAAUUGGUGCGUUUUAGCAGGGUGUUUAUUCGGACUCGAAGGUGUGAGAAAAGUGCUCGAUUUUGGACGUUUUUCCUGGUCGCGGCUCUUUUCUUAGGGGCAACAGCAGUGGAAGGGGAUGUGCGUGGCCUUGAAACUGGGGAGAAAGGCGCAGUUCACGACGGGCAGGCAUUAACUGUGAAUUAUGUGCGAAAGGUGUGGAGACCACAUAAAAAUACCGAAAGUAUCGAUGGGGAGAACAACGAAUGGGCACUACUUAAGUUGGUGGGAAUGGGAUUCACGGAUCUCGUGGAUACCCUUCGUGUUACAUCUUCCGCUGAUGUGUGCCAAAAUGAUGGGGCACCACUGGAGAUUUUCUCAAUUGUCACAGAUUCUCUCCUCCUUGCCAAAUACCCCAUCAUACCGGAAGACUCUGAUUACUUUCUCUGUUUCUACCCACAUGAAAAUCAUACGGCUCCACCGCGACAUUUGGGCCCCAAAUCUCGGAUUCCCAAAAUGCACUUUUCGGCACCUGCUCUGAGGCGUACUGAGCGCGAUGCCAAAUUGGAUGAGAAUGCAGAAAAAGGGAGAUUAAUGCAGAAUUUGGAUGGUGCUGCGCAAACUGUAAGCUCAGUUGGGAUUAAAAUUGAUGGAUUUCGCGUGGAGCAUGCAGAGAAGGAGCCCCAAUACUCCGAAGAUGGUGUACCGGAGCUUAUGAGUGAGACUCAUGUGGUUAUGCGAAUUUUUGGCAAUGGUUUCGUGGAGAACAUGGAAGUUGUGUUAACUAAUCAACCAAACGUGUUUGGUGGCUCGUGCCUAAUGCCGUGCACAGAGGCAUUUCCCAUAAUCCCCCAUUCCAUUACAAAUAGAACAGCACUCGUGAAGAUCAUCGUACCACAUAUCGCGGGGGAUUUAUAUUUUUGCGCCAAAGUAUCUCACAACGGAACAAGUGACGAGCUGGCUACUCGGACAUUACCGUUUGUACAUCAGGGAUCAGCAAGUUGGAUGCGAAUGAGGGGUUAUGAGAAACUCCUCCCUUUGUGGGUAUCAAUAAUCAUCAUUAUUAUUUGUUUGAUGUUCUCCGCACUAUUUUCUGGGCUGAAUUUGGGAUUAAUGUCACUCGAUAGGACGGAAUUGAAGAUUUUAAGGAAUACCGGAACGGAAAAAGAAAAACAUUAUGCCCGUCAGAUUGAACCAGUGCGAGAUCAUGGAAAUUACCUUCUGUGUAGUAUUCUCUUGGGCAAUGUCUUGGUGAAUUCCACCUUUACAAUCCUCCUAGAUGGGCUUACUUCGGGCCUUGUGGCUGUUAUUUGUUCCACAAUCGCCAUUGUGAUAUUUGGUGAAAUUACUCCGCAGGCAAUUUGUUCGCGACAUGGAUUAGCUGUUGGUGCCAAAACUAUUUACAUUACAAAGGCUGUAAUGCUCCUCACGUGGCCCCUAGCCUACCCAACAUCGAAAAUCUUAGAUGUAUUACUCGGUGAAGAAAUCGGAAAUGUCUACAAUCGUGAGAGACUUAAGGAAUUAGUUCGGGUCACGAAAGACAUAAAUGAUUUAGACAAGGAUGAAGUAAAUAUAAUAUCCGGUGCUCUUGAGCUACGCAAGAAGACUGUUGGGGAUGUGAUGACUCACAUUGAGGAUGCCUUCAUGCUGGAACUUGAUGCUGUACUUGAUUUUGAGACUGUGUCCGAAAUUAUGAAGUCCGGAUUCUCCCGGAUACCCGUCUUCGAGAAUGAACGCACAAAUAUCGUUACGCUUCUGUAUAUAAAGGAUUUGGCAUUCAUUGAUCCAGAUGAUAAUACACCAUUGAAGACACUCUGUGAAUUCUAUCAGAAUCCAUGCCAUUUUGUCUUUGACGACGUCACACUGGAUGUAAUGUUUAAGCAAUUCAAGGAAGGCAAUAAGGGUCACAUGGCGUUUGUGCAUCGUGUCAAUAGUGAGGGUGAUGGGGAUCCCUUCUACGAGACCAUUGGCCUGGUGACGCUCGAGGAUGUGAUUGAGGAGCUGAUACAGGCAGAAAUUAUGGAUGAAACGGAUGUUUUCACCGACAAUCGAACAAAAGUCAGGCGGAACAAGAUUAAGAAGCAAGACUUUACGGUAUUUGCUGAGAGGCGUGAAAAUCAUCGUAUUCGCAUCUCACCUCAACUUACCCUGGCAACAUUCCAAUAUCUCAGUACAACUGUGGAUGCAUUCAAGUCAGACUCAGUGUCUGAGACAAUACUGCGGCGUCUUCUCAAUCAAGAUAUCAUCAAUCACAUCAAAUGCAAGGGCAAGGAGCGUUCUGAUCCCAGCAUGUUAAUCUAUCAACAGGGGAAACCCGUGGAUUUCUUCGUACUCAUCCUAGAGGGGCGCGUUGAGGUGACUGUUGGAAAGGAGAAUUUGGUAUUUGAGAGUGGACCAUUUACCUACUUUGGCACUCAGGCGCUCGUACAAAAUGUUGGAAUAAUUGAUUCGCCCCAACAACAGAUUAUGGGCUCUCUUCAAUCCCUCAACAUGGACGCCCUGUUGAGGCAUACUUUUGUGCCGGAUUACUCAGUGCGUGCCGUCACGGAGGUGGUGUACAUUGCAAUUCGUCGAACCCUCUAUUUGGCCGCUAAACGUGCCACACUGAUGGAGCGUUCGCAGAAAUUCGGUGAUCAAAGCAGUGAUGCCAUCGACGAUGAGGUGCAGAAGCUGCUUCAUUCUCUUGACGAGGAUGAUCGCAGUAUUGGUGCUGAUACGGCCAAUUUGAUGGUGAAUACACCAAAGAUGACAAGCAAACCGCCCAGCAAGUCACCAUCACCAAUUCCACUACAAGUGGAGCCAUCAACAAAGAAUGCUUUAGCAACCACGAGCACUGCGAACAAUAUUGUACUCAACAACGGCGGUGGUAGUGCCCGGAGUCACAGCAUACCGAAUCAAAGUUACAAAUUAAUGGGAAAUGAUCCCACACAGACCCCCCUUUUGCCACGAUCAAAAUCUUAGCGAAACGCCGUUCCUCCUUUGGCGUUGAAGGAGCAAAAAAAUGCGGAGGAAUUGAAUUCCCUCUAGGAAUUUUGCAAACUAUGUACUUCUUUUUUUUUACUUUACACAAAAGUGUAUCAUGGCAUGAUUUUUUUUUGAUAUGCAAGUCUUUUUUUUAUUUAUUUAAGUACUUAUAAAUCAUCAGAGAAAAAAACUGUUUUACGGAUUUAUCUAUGAAAAUUUAUCUACUUAAGUAUUGUAUAUUCAGUUUCCAAAAAAAGUGCUUAAUAUAUAUAUUUUUUCUGUAAAAGAUUUUUUUCUUUAAGUUUAGAAGCAAAUAAAGUGAAUAAUUUUUACAUUUCUUAAAUUUAUUAUCCCAAAAAAAAACGUAUUACAUACUUUUUUUUUUGAAAUGUGUUAAAGCUAUUUAGUUUAUGUUAUAUACCUACCUAAUGUUAGUAAAUAUUAUUUGAAAAUUUACAAAACAGGAAUGUACUUUAAUAAAAAGAUAGAAAAAAAUGAAGUAAAAAAAAUCAUAAAAUUGAUUGUGAUGACUAACAAAUCUUUAGAGCAAAUAUUUUCACACAAAAAAAAAACAAGUUUAGAGAAUAAUAAAAAACUUUAAGGUGCUUCAAUCAAUGUGGAUUAGCUUGUGUGGUACCUACACAUUUAGGAAAUAAAUUAAUAAAUCAACCGAAAAUCGAAAUAAUUGGGAGUGAACGUAGAUUUCAUCUUCCUUGUAAUAAAAUAAAUUAAAAAAUAAAUAAAUAAAACAAAAUUGCACAGAAGCUUGAUUGAAGUGCUUUAAUGAAAAUUACCUCGUAAAUAUCAAGAAAAGUACAUGCUUAUUAAAAAAAAUAAAUAAAAUUUGAUAUGAUAAAAGCGAAUCCAUACAUAUAACUGGAGCUUUGAAUUUCCCUUAGCCAUGUAGUUACAAAGAAAAAAUAAAUAAAUAAAAUUAUGUAUUAAGGGUCAAUGAGAUGAAAGAACAAAGAAUUGUAUUGAGAAUUGACUCCAAGAAAUGUAGAAUUAACGAAAAAGAAAAAAAAAACACAAAAUAUUUACAGGUAAACUGCAAUGUUUAUCGUGAAAAGGAAUAAUUAGAAAUUUAGUAAUGUCGAGAGGAUUCAAAAUCUUCUUUAUUUUAGUAAUUAUAUUAUUCUCUCUAAUGAAAUUUUUUUGUGUCAAUACGUAGAGGUGCUAAAAAAUCUUGCGUUAUUAAGUCGAAUCCAAAAAAAAAUUGAAAAAAAUGUUUCCUUAAAAACCGUUACUUAUGCCGGUAUAAAACAAUAAAGUUUUAUUCAAAGAUGUAAAA